UUGAGCACUGGGGAAGGGAGGUCAGCUCUCAAGUCAGAUGACCAGAGUUUCUAGAUUUUGAUUUUGUCCCAAGGGUGACGGUUGGGGCCCUUAUGUUGAAGUGGGUGUUGCGAUUCGAGGAAGGUGCAAAGCAAAUGCCGCGACUCGUGGAAGCCGCCAGCAGUCGUCGCCCUCGGCGCCUAUAUCGCAUCGAUCUCUGCGAUUAAUUUCUGCACCUCCUCCUCCCUUCCUUCCCCUUCUCUCCUUCGAUCUCUCUCCCUCAAGGGGGCGGGAGCAAGAUGGCAGGUGGGGAAAAGACGUAUGACUUGGUGUUCACGCCUACAUGGAUCGUCGCAGCUGUUUGUUCUGUCAUCAUCAUCCUCUCCCUCCUCCUCGAAAGGGCGCUUCACUACCUCGGAAAGUCGAUGAAGAAAAGGAGCCAAAAGUCUCUGUACGAAGCAGUGCUGAAGGUCAAAGAAGAGCUGAUGCUGCUGGGAUUCAUCUCCUUCUUGCUCUCUGUCUUCCAAGGUGCCAUCAGUAAAAUAUGCAUCCCCAGAAGCUACCUUCAUCACAUGCUGCCAUGCAGGAGGAAAGAUUACACCCUACCCGAGGAAACGACCAGCCAUUUCCAAGUGAUGGGAGCAGUAAUGAGACACCUUCUCGCGGAGACAGAAUCCGAAAACCAUUGCGAGAAGAAGGGGAAGGAACAACUGUUAUCAAUUGAAGCAAUACAUCAGCUGCACAUUUUCAUCUUUGUGUUGGCCAUCACUCAUGUUGUUCUCAGCGUCGUUACCAUAUGUUUGGGUGGUUUGAAGAUUCGUCAGUGGAGAAUUUGGGAGGACUCGAUUGCCAAGAAUAACUACAAUGCCGAAGACAGCAAUCCACAAUCCAAGGUCACGCAUGUUCAGCACCACGAUUUCAUUAAGGAGCACUCCUUAGCUUUAAAAGGCAAUAGUUGGUUGCAUUCCUUCGUAAAACAAUUUUAUUCAUCAGUAACCAAGCCUGAUUACACGACACUGCGUCUGGGGUUCAUUAUGACGCACUGCAGAGGGAACCCACAAUUCAAUUUCCACAGGUAUAUGGUGCGUGCAUAUGAAGCUGAUUUUAAGAAAGUUGUCGGCAUAAGCUGGUAUCUAUGGGGAAUUGUCAUUCUCUUCUUAUUAAUCAACGUUGGGGGGUGGCAUACAUUUUUCUGGAUAACGCUCAUUCCUUUAAUUCUUCUGCUAGCCGUGGGCACAAAACUCGAACACGUAAUCACUCAGUUGGCUAAAGAAGUUGCCGAGAAACACACCGCCAUAGAAGGAGACUUGGUGGUUCAACCCUCAGAUGAUCACUUCUGGUUCGGAAAACCUCGCGUCGUCCUCUACCUGAUUCACUUCAUCCUCUUCCAGAACGCCUUCGAGAUCGCCUUCUUCUUUUGGUUGUGGGUCACGUAUGGUUUCGACUCCUGCAUUAUGGGGAAAGUCAGCUAUGUUAUUCCCAGAUUAAUUUUUGGGGUGAUCAUCCAAGUUCUAUGCAGCUUCAGCACCCUCCCACUUUACGCCCUCGUCACCCAGAUGGGGAGCUCGUUUAAGAAGAUGAUCUUCGACGUGCAUGUCCAAGAAAACCUUGCAGGAUGGGCUCAAAAGGCCAGAAGGAGAAAAGCCGUCGGUCCGAUGAGCAAUCCGGCGACACCAUCCGUGGUUUCUAACACUCACGCGAGGAACAGAUCGCCUGAUGAGAUUCAGCUACAAGAAACCCCCUUGGUCCAUUCAGUUCCAAACAAUAAUCUUUGACAUGAAGCCGCCUAUGCAUAUCCAUGGACGAUCAAAGUCGAAGCUAAUAGCUAUGGGUAGAAGCAAAUCAACGAGUCCUAGGCAGCCGUUUAGUUUUCCUCUCUUGUUUGCAUUUUUUAGAUAAAAUAAAUGGAAAAGUUAGGUUA